AUGCAACUAGUUCCUCUCCAAAAUCGGGUGUCUGCAUGGCCAGGCGCCCAUCCUCCCCAGCUCCAGUUCUUCUUAUUAAGAAGGGGUCGUGGCCUGCCAUGGCCUCCUGCGAGAGCUACCAUGUCAUUCUCGCCGCCGCCGCCGCCGCCGCCGCCGUCGUUGUCGCACAACAAUCUGUAGCGCCUCGCCCGAGCCCUCCAUGAGAGCGCUGCCCUCUCCCGCCGCGCUCACGGCCGUCGUCGCCUGCUGCCUGGUCGGUUUCCCAGCUGGCGCUGCCGCUGCCGCCGUCGGCCCUAGCAAGCAAGUCGUCAUCGCCGGCCAUGUCAACAAAAUCGAGAGGAACGCGACGCCCAGCGUCCUCAACCCGUCAUCGUCCAAGGACAUCGACGCCGGCGCCCGUCCGGCCAUCAAGGCGGGCACCGAGCUGCGCAUCCUCUGCGCCGGCGACUCCAUCACCCUCGGCACCCUGAGCGACACGGACGGCGGCGACGGCAACGGCUACCGCCGCCAGCUGCAGGCGGACCUGUCGAAGGACGACGUCGUCUUUGCUGGUAGCACGACAACACCCGGCGGCACCAUGCACGAUGGCUAUUUUGCGGCGUGGCCCGGCAAGACCAUCCAGUACAUAUCGGACGAGAUCGGCCCAUCGCUGAAGCAGCGGCCCAACAUGGUCCUCCUGCACGCCGGGACAAACGACAUGAACGAGAACCCCUCGACGUCGACCGAGGGCAACGACCCCGAGGCGGCCGCCCGGCGCCUGGGCGCGCUGGUCGACAAGAUCGUCGUCGCAUGCCCCGACGCCGUGGUGCUCGUGGCCAUCAUCAUCGACACGUGUCGCCCAGAGCAGUCGCCGCGCACACGGCAGUUCCAGUCCCUGAUCCCGGACGUCGUGACACGGCCGCGGCUCGAGGCCGGGCACAAGGUGCUCGCCGCCAACAUGACCUCGCUGCCCGUCUCGGAGCUGCGAGAUUGCAUCCACCCGACCAACAGGGGCUACCGCCUGCUUGGCGACUUUUGGUACGACGUGAUGGCUCAGGUCCCGCGCGACUGGAUCCAGGCGCCCGUGGGACCGGACCCGGAGCGCUCAUCCGACGGCAGGGUUGUCGCUCCCGCCGCGGGCGCAGGCGCGCUCGCAGUUGCGGCAGCUGCCGUGGCCGUGUUGGUGGCGACGUGCGUCUGACCAGCCAGCGGGAGUGAGUGCCCUGUCCUGGGGACGUCCCUUUUUUUCUUUCUUUCUUUCUUCUUGUCUCUGUCGAGGAAGAAGUGGCCAACUUGGUCUCGGCAGUCACGGCAUGGCAAAGCUGGGCGGCUGCAUUUUUUCUGCUCGUGCAUAAUAGUGAUUUUCCAUUGUGUUUGGCAUAGCUGCGGCGCAAUGGCAUACCUAAGGUAGGUAGGAUACAGGGUCUGGCGUGCAUGUAUGACUACCUACCUACAUACUUAUACUGUAGUUAGUACAUGUCUGUAAAGCGCGGCUUCGGGAGGGAAGGGGGUGUGCAUGGCAUGGGCGGAGAAGAGAUGGGACACGGCGUUGGUGUGCAAUCUACCUUUGGAACCCCAUCAUAAGAGACUUGAAAC